AUGCUGGCCACAGUCGCAAGAGCUGCUCGUGCCGACAUCAAGUCGAGCCACCUCACGCUAGAGCACUUCCUCAUGCGAUCCCGCACCCUCUCGCUCUACCGCAAGUACCUUCGAGCUACGCGUGACAUCCCCAACCCACUCGCUCGUUGGGAGACCAUCCAGUUCUUCCGAGAUGACGUGCACCGCUUCCGCCACGAGACCGACCUCGAACGCAUCAAAGAUCUCCUCAUGCAGGGUCACCGCUUCCUAAAGCAAAUGCAGGGCCAGAUGAGCCUCGCUGGCGCAGCCUCAGACUCGGCCAACAAGCUGCGCGGCACCCGGCAGAUCUAG